AUGUUCCUUCCAGACACAUUCAUUCAACCAUGGAGUGAUGACGAAAUCCGGAGUUUCCUGCAAGAGUGGGAGUUUCUUCAAUGGCAACACCCUGUGAGGAAGAAGAGGAGCUCCGUUGUGUCCAGGGCAAUUGCUCAGCGUCUCAAGCACAAAGGCAUAAACAAAACACGGCAGGAAUGUCUCUCGAUGCUGCUCAGUCUCAAAGACUUGUACUGGACUGUGCGUGAGGCCAAUAGGAAGUCCAGGAGCAAGCCGCUGCCGUGCCCCUUUGGAGACAUCCUGCACAGGAUUCUGGGAUCGAGAUGGGAGGACAACUCCUCAGACACAUUCAUUCAACCAUGGAGUGACGACGAAAUCCGGAGUUUCCUGCAAGAGUGGGAGUUUCUUCAAUGGCAACACCCUGUGAGGAAGAAGAGGAGCUCCGUUGUGUCCAGGGCAAUUGCUCAGCGUCUCAAGCACAAAGGCAUAAACAAAACACGGCAGGAAUGUCUCUCGAUGCUGCUCAGUCUCAAAGACUUGUACUGGACUGUGCGUGAGGCCAAUAGGAAGCCCAGGAGCAAGCCGCUGCCGUGCCCCUUUGGAGACAUCCUGCACAGGAUUCUGGGAUCGAGAUGGGAGGACAACUCCUCAGGUUUGUCUCGCCUGGAUUCUUCUUCAGAGCCCUUCAGCAAGUGGCAUGGGCUGACCCAGAUGUCACUGUGUUAG